AUGCAGCUUCAUGCGCUCCCUAUCAAAAUCCAGCAGCGCCAUGGGAUGAGGACACCAGGGGGGGGCACUCCACUCCCAACCAAUCACCAGCCAGAGCUGCAGGAUGACGACAGCGGGAAGCGCCGAGCACCGUUGGCUGCUGGGAAAGCGAGGCAGGCAGGUGCAGACAGCGGUGAAUCGGAGAAAGAAGUCUGUCUUCAUAGCCGAGUCACUCAAGGUACCUUUACCCAGUUGGAGGUGACCCAAGAGCAGGCGAAGGAGAUGGAAGAGCAGCACCCAGGAGAACUUCGAGGUGGCACGAUAUCGAGCAGAGGCCCCCAUCGCACCCAAGCUGGGAGUGGUGCUGCUGAAUUACAGGAAAACACUGUGCCAGUUAUGUCUUUCCAGGUCAUGCCUAUCUCAGACGUGCAUUGCCAACGCUUCCGGCAGUUCCUCUACCGAGAGGCGGAUGGGCCCCGAGAGGUUUGCAGCCAGCUCCAUCGACUCAGCAACCGCUGGCUGAAGCCAGAGAGGCGCUCCAAAAAGGAGAUCCUGGACGUGGUGGUCCUGGAGCGGUUCCUCGCCAUCCUGCCCCUGGAAGUGCAACGCUGGGUCAGAGAAUGUGGGCCAGAGAGCAGCUGCCAGGCAGUGGCCUUGGCUGAAGGCUUCCUAGAGAGGCCGGCAGAGCAGGUGUGGGGACCAUCCGUGGAGAGAGACGCAGCAUUCCCCGAGGUGGAAGAAGCUUCCCUGGAGCGAGAGCAGAGAGCGCAGACCCUGGAGGGUGCCCAAGAUGCCCUCUCCUGUGCAGAGGAUGAUCAGAAGAAUGAAGAGGGUGAUGAACUUGAUCAGCAUUUGCCAGAAGGAGUUAAGAAUGAAGACUUGAGAGAAAAUAUCAGGAGUCGAGGCAGACCUAAGAGAAUGAAAGUCAGGCAUAUAAUUGAGAAAAGAGAUGUAAGAUGGCGUAUUGUACAUUUUCCAAAUCAGAGAAUAAUAAAGGCAAGUACAUCCAUUCAAUGUGGAAAGUAUUUCAAAAGUAGAUCGGAGUUCCUUGUGCACCAAAGAACCCACAGAGGCAAGAAACGCUUUGGCCAUCUUCAAGAACAUAGAAAAAGCCACACAGGGGAGAAACCUUUUGAAUGCUCAGAGUGUAAAAAGAGAUUCACUCACAGUAGCAUUCUUCAAAGCCAUCAAAGAACCCACACAGGGGAGAAACCUUUUGAAUGCUCAGAGUGUGCAAAGAGAUUCAGUCACAGUGGCCAUCUUCAAAGGCAUCAGAGAACCCACACAGGGGAGAAGCCUUUUGAAUGCACAGAGUGUGGGAAGAGAUUCAGUCAGAGUGGCGAUCUUCAAAGGCAUCACAGAACCCACACAGGGGAGAAACCUUUUGAAUGCUCAGAGUGUGGAAAGAGAUUCAGCCAGAGUGGCGGUCUUCAAAGGCAUCAGAGAACCCACACAGGGGAGAAGCCUUUUGAAUGCUCAGAGUGUGCAAAGAGAUUCAGUCACAGUGGCCAUCUUCAAAGCCAUCAGAGAACCCACACAGGGGAGAAACCUUUUGAAUGCUCAGAAUGUAAAAAGAGAUUCACUCACAGUAGCAUUCUUCAAAGCCAUCAGAGAACCCACACAGGGGAGAAACCUUUUGAAUGCUCAGAGUGUAAAAAGAGAUUCACUCGCAAUAGCAUUCUUCAAAGGCAUCAGAGAACC